AAUCUCAGAAGAGUGCUUUAGGGUGUUGUAGCUGGUAGCUUGGAGUUUAGAAGAUUUGUACGGAUAGAUACUACGUCAAUAGUAGCUGUAUUAUUGAAAAGUAUAGUUUCCAAAGGUAUUUCCAAGUACUAGAACCGUAGUUGUAAGACAUACUCAUACAACGUUUUGUGUGACCACCGUGUCUCUCUCGUAGAGGUAGAACUGUAGAUUUCGUUCCUUUACCUUACCCCUUUAGUGAAGUAUUUGCCAACGAGGAAUGGUAUCACUUUUCAAAAUACAUUGAUAAUAUAGAUAACGUUAUACAAAAACGGCAGCUUCUGUAUUAACAAGGCAGUUUGAGGAAUCCGUUCUCGUAGAUUGGGUGUCAUUGGACUACCUAGCUCUGCUUCAAAUAGAAGAUAAACCCAAGAUUGCAGGUCGAAUUAGUCAAACCAUUACAUCCCAUCACGAUGUCAACCAUGAAGCUGGAAACUGUGUCACCUAAGUUCAACGAAGUCGUAUUAGACGACAUUAUGCGCAGCUACGGUGGCCACAAGUGCACGUCGUGGAAGUUUACGAACGGUGAUUUUGGCAAGGGAGAUUCUUACCUUAGCGAAGUGUUCCGUAUCACCCUGGAGGACGAUACUAGCCGAAGAGCAGAAGAUGGCAGUCCUCUUACAGCGAAGAUAAUCGUGAAGAGCAUUCCGAAAAAUGUUGGCCGCAGGAAAACGUUCCGUUCGGCAGAUUUUUUCCGAAAUGAGAUCAAUUUCUAUAAUGUGGUUUUGAGUGAGUUCAUCAAAUUUCAACAAGCGAAACCGCUUAAGAAUCCUUUUGACGAGAGCAGCAAAUGCCUAGCGGCGUACUCAGACGGUGAGAAUGACUUUAUUGCUAUGGAGGAUCUCAGUCAAUUUGGAUUUGGAUCAGCGUCCAGGCAAGAAGGCGUAGGACUUGCAGAGUGCAUCCUUUGUAUGCAAACGAUCGGUCGCUUCCAUGCUCUAUCGCUAGCCAUGAAAGAUCAGCAACCGGAUAAGUUCCAUCUACUUGUUAAGCACGUGGAGGAUACGUACUAUGCUAAACAACAUAAGUCGUGGUAUAACAACUUCAUACAAGUUCAGGUUAGAAUAGCCAAGGAUGCCAUCAGCAAGGAAUAUGGCGGCACAGAUUUAGAGACAAAGGUCAACAAGUUUUUUGACUGCGAUCUGUAUGACAAAAUGGUGUAUUUAACCCAUACUCGGAAUCAGAAUUCCGUCAUCAACCACGGCGAUUGCUGGAUGCCGAACUUCCUGUUCCGCUACGAUUCUAACGGCGUUCCCGUGGCAGCAAGGAUGAUCGAUUUCCAGCUUGCGCGUUACUCAUCUCCAGCGUUGGAUAUAUCGUUCUUCGUGUAUUCUUGCACUUCGCAGCAACUGCGUGACGCUCAUUAUGACGACUUGUUGAAAGCUUACCAUCAAAGCUUAUCCGAUAUGCUGCUGGAUCUUGGAUCUAAUCCAGACGAAUUGUUCUCAUUUUCGGAUCUUCAGAAAGAAAUGCAAGAGUAUGCACGAUUUGGCUGCGGCAUGGGCAUUGAGUCUAUACCAUUCUCAUUGUUGGAAGAAAAUGAAGUUCCUGAUCUGGAUCAAAUCAAAGGAGAAGAAGCUAUUCCAAUUGAGAAUGUGUGGAUUUUGAACAACAUCAAAACUCAAGAAGGCAGACAAAGAUUAUCGGAUAUGUUUAAGCACGCCUACAAUUGUGGAUACCUAGAUUAGUAGAACGUUGGAAAAUGAGUGAUCUGUUCAAGCUUCUAUGGUACACUAAAUAUAAUAUAUGAAAGCAACAAUAAUUCAAUGUGUCUGAAUUGCGAAACAUAAAUCAGGUAUAGCUCGUAAUUGUGUGAAGUUCAUUAACAUUUUCCCUAAUAUGCUGUACUAAAAUCACAUUUUUUUUAUCUAGUAAAAAGGUCAAUUAUUUAAAA